UCUGUUGCGGAAGGGCAUUACUGGCAACUUGCUUGGAUUUAAGUCAACCUUUCCAUGUGUGAAUGUUAUGUCGCAGGGAGGGGCUGAGUGGGAGCAGAAGUACAUAAUGGGAGAGACAGAUAGGGCAGACCGGCCAGGUUGUCAGAUAGACACGGCAGCGCAUUGAGGCUUCCAAUGUCCGUCUCUGUUGGUCCUUCUAUUAUCCUUUCACCUACCAUGGAUCUAUCAGCUGGAGGGGGAUAUAUUAUGGUAAAACUAGCAGCUGACUGACACCUGCUUAUUCCCUUCAAAGUGGAUUGUCAAGACUCCUUCAGCAUGCUGAACCUUCCCUCCCAUCCCACACGCCUUUUGGUUUCCCUUCUACUGUCGGUGUUUCUUUGGAACUGGGCAGCCUGUUCUUCUGGGGAUGGCAGGAGUAUCUGGGAGAGACCUAAAUCGAGCCCCAUUACCAAAGACCAGUUAUUUCUUCAAGACACUUUCCCCCCAGGGUUCCUCUGGGGCUCAGGUACAUCAGCCUUCCAAACUGAAGGAGCCUGGAACCAGGAUGGGAAAGGCAUCUCCAUUUGGGACCAUUUCACCCACUCCUCCGUCAGUGAUCGUUUUCAAAGAGAGACUGCAGAUGUGGCAAGUGACAGCUACAACUGCUGGGAAGAAGAUGUGGAGGCACUGGGUUAUCUAGCUGUGAGAUCAUACUCUUUCUCCCUCUCCUGGCCUAGACUUUUCCCUGAUGGCAAUGCCACCGGGGAGCCCAAUGCAGCUGCUGUAGAUCACUACAGCCGCCUCAUAGGGAAGCUCCUGGAAAAGAAAAUUAAGCCUAUUGUGACUCUAUAUCACUGGGACCUACCACAGGUGUUCCAGGAUCAAUAUGGAGGCUGGAAAAAUGACACGUUAGUGGAGCAUUUUGAGCAGUAUGCGGCGUUUUGUUUCCACACGUUUGGGAGUCGUGUAAAAUACUGGCUCACAAUGCACAACCCAUACCUAGUGGCCGUGCAGGGGUACGGAAAGGGCAUGCAUGCUCCUGGAGAAAUAGGGGGUCUCUACAGCUCUCUUACUGUAGCCCACAACCUGAUUAGGGCACACGCCAAAGCAUGGCAGACCUACAACAGUCACUUCCGCCCAACUCAGAAGGGUAAAGUAUCCAUUGUUUUAGGUUCACACUGGGUUGAACCUCACAGAGGCCAGUCCAAAGCUGCCACUGCUGCACUCUGUCAGCAGUCCAUCGAGGCAGUUCUUGGAUGGUUUGCUGAGCCUAUCUUUGGUGACGGAGACUAUCCAGUCUCUCUUAAAACAAAGCAUGCGGCUCUCAUGCCCACAUUCACCCCUGAAGAGAAGCUCUGGGUGCAGAGAACAGCAGACUUUUUUGCUUUGUCAUUUGGGCCAGACAACAUCCGUCUGGGCCAGAGCCUGGUACACAAUGGGCAGCGCAUCACCCCAGACCUGCGAAGUCUCCUGGGCUGGAUAAAACUGGAGUAUGGGAACCCAAGGAUCCUGGUGGCAGAGGGAGGCUGGUUCUCUGACGCCAGUGUUGGAAGAGAAGACACGAUUGCCAUCUAUCUGAUGAAAAGUUUUAUCAACCAAGUCCUAAAAGCCACCAAGUUUGACGGUGUGCAGGUGUUUGGAUACUCAGCCUGGUCAUUGGUGGAUGGAUUUGAGUGGAAUUAUGGCUAUGGUAUUAGAAGAGGUCUUUUCUACAUCGACUUCAAUCAACCAAACAGAACCAGGAUCCCAAAGACCACAGCUCAGUACUACAAGCAAAUUGUCACUGACAAUGGUUUUCCAAGCAAUGAAACCCCAAUAGAGGUUAAAGCUCAUUUUCCAUGCAAAUUUCACUGGGGAGUUGCAGAUUCCACGUUGCAGGUCCGGUUCCACCCUUUCUCCCCACAGUUUUCCGACUCUCACAUAUAUAGCUGGAACCUGACAGGAGACGGAUCACUGCGUCCAAUCCCAGGGGUGAAGCUAAACACCAGACCAGCCCAGUGCACAGAUUAUCUGGCUAUUCGCAGUCAUCUCCGCCUGUUUGCAUCCACCGGGGCAUCUCAUUACCGCUUCGCUCUUAACUGGUCUCUGAUUUUACCCGAGGGAAGCCGCUCGAGUGUAAACACGGAAGCCCUGAGGUACUACCGCUGUGUGCUGACAGAGCUCAAGAAGCUAAACCUACAACCUAUUGUCAUCAUGUACUACCCAUCACACAGAGCUCCGUACCUGGGUUUGCCUGGGCCGCUGCAUGCCUCUGGGGGUUGGAUGAGUUACGGCACAGUUGAAGCUUUUCAAGAAUAUGCAGCACUUUGCUACCAAGAGCUGGGAACCUGGGUUCAAAAUUGGAUCACCAUUAAUGAGCCAAACAGAAUCAUAGAUAUUUAUUCCAACAUCACAGAGAGGCAUCAAGCAGCUCAUAACCUGCUUCUAGCCCAUGCCAAAGCCUGGAGGUUACAUGAGAGGGAGUAUUUUGCUGAACAGCGAGCGCUGGUAUCUCUUGCUCUACAUGCUGAUUGGGCAAAACCAGCUAACCCUUUCCUAGAGUCACAUACAGCGGCAGCUGAAAGAUUUCUUCUGUUUGAACUUGGACGUUUCUUGGAUCCACUGCUUGGGACAAUAAAUGAGAAGAAAAAGGGGAAGGGGAAAUACCCCCAUGAAAUGAGGGUAUACCUGGAGGAAAGAGCAAAGGUAUAUGGCCUCCCUAAAUCGCCUCUUCCUCGUUUUACCAACAAUGAGAGACAGGAGCUGAAGGGGGCAUUGAGUUUCAUCGCCUUGAAUCAUUUCACGACACGUUUAGUUUCUCCAAAUCCUCACACACAAGACACCCUCCAAAAGAAACCAGCACCCGAUCAUGACUGUCUGACCCUUUUAGACCCCACCUGGCCUUCCUCCAGCCAGGGUCAGGCUGUGGUACCCUGGGGCUUACGGAAGGUGCUGAAAUGGGUGAAUCAGAGGUACGGCAGAACUUUGCCUAUCAUUGUCACAGCCAGUGGGAUUGAUGACCAAGCUUCAGUUGAGGAUAACCUCAGGCAGUAUUACCUCAGGAGUUAUCUGCAGGAAGCUCUCAAAGCUUAUCAAGUUGAUGGAGUCAACUUGCAGGGUUUCUACAUGUGGAAGCUCCAAGAUCGGCAUGCCCCCGAGUUUGGCCUCUUCACCUCAACCCAGCACCAAUCCAAAGCCAAGGCCUCCGUUGCAUUGUACAGAGAAAUUAUCGCUCACAGUGGCUCUUAUAACAGUAGCUCGACACAGCCAUGCAGAUUUACUGAGCAGCAGGAAAAAUGUCCAACCUGUGAGUGGAUGUUCAAGAAUAAACCAAUGGUGGUUUUUGGGGGCUGCCUUCUAAUAACGUCUGCAAUGCUGGCUGCGCUUGUCGUCUUUGUCGUGAUCAACAAGAGGAAUCAAAGACAUCAGACAGGAAUGAAGAAGAGGAGAGGAAAUCAACGGAGACGAAAUAAAGCACCAGCAAAUUAUUUAUGUCCUGCUGUAAGGUAGUAACAGUAGCAAGGACUGAUGCUGUAACCUGUACUGGAAAGUGCAGAGAAGAAACAUAAAAUCAACUUGUGAGUCUUUCAUUAGCGCCUGCAUUUCUUGCAGUUCCAAAUGAGUUUACCUGCAAUGUGUCACAAAACAUGUCACAACAAAUGGUCUCAAACAGAGUCAUACUAUAAAGAAUGUACACCCUCUGUUUAAACUGUUUCAUGUUUGUCACUCUGCAGACACAAACUUCAAUGUGUUGUAUUUGCAAUCAAAUCUAAAAAAAAAAAAGCACCUUUAAAUGCUAUCACAGCUGCAGGUCUUCGGGACAUCUUUGCACUGCUGGAAACUGAAAUGUUUGCCCAUUUUUCUAGACAAAAUAGCUUAAAAACCCAGUCAGAGUGGAUGAAGAGGGUCUGUGAACAUACAUUUUUAAGUCUUGUCACAUAUUCUCAAUUGGAUUUAGUUUUAGAACGGGGCAAUGUAAACACAUAUAUGUGCUUUAGACCAUUUCAGUGCAGCUUUGGGUUGUAGUUGUUCUUCAAGGUGAACCUCUGCCCUGUCUCAAGUCUUUUGUAGUCUCUAUCGGGAUUUAUUCCAGGACUGUCCUGUUUUAAAAUCCCUCUAUCUUCCCAUGAAGUCUAAUCAGCUUCCUUAAAAAAGCGUCCUCACAGCAUGAUGCGGCCAGCAAUGUCUGUCAUGUUUUGUAUUGAAGUUUGUGCUGAAAACAUGACCAAAUGUGAAAUUGUUGAAACUUUAUUAUUCGAGCUUUACAUUUUUGUGCAAUCUCAGAGUACUAGAUACAUACAAAGUAUGUAAAAGUGUAGCAUUUAAAGAGAUGUUUGUUUUAAUUUACCAUUGUACAGAACAGCAAAAUGUUAACUAUACGUGUUGCUGUUUGACAAAUCCUAAAAAAAGAUUUUAACAGCUUACAAUAAACGAACAGUUUACUAUAA